AUGCACAGCAUUGACUAUAAGCAGAAAGUUCGAGAGGCACUUCAGGCUUCUCUGCCUGUUGCUACCGAGCAAUUGAUGACGGUCCAGAUUCCUGGUACUAUUAUCGAUACAACACCGAAGAUGGGCGUGACUGGAAAGAGCGUCUCUAGAAGUUAUGCUGCUGCUCUUGACAUGCUGAUUCCUGAGGAUGCUCCAAUCGAAACCGACAAAUCGACAGCUACAAAGACUGCUGCUGCCGAUCGAUAUGUUGCAGCAAUGAGAUAUCUGACAUCAACAGCUCCUAACUCCAGCAAGUCUGUGAUUGACGUCUAUGUUGAGAAGCAACAAGCCUACUCUGAAGCGAUGAACAAGUGGGAAGCAGCCAAAGCUAAGGCUCGCUCUGAUGCCAAGGAACGAUUUCCCGGUAACGUCAAGGAGCAGCAGAGAUUCUAUGACGAUUGGAAUCAGGAGACUUUUCGCAACGUCGAUUACUACUUUGGCAUCGUCGACGUCUCAUCCGCAAUGAAGAGGGUGGAGUCGAGCAAGGAAGCUGCUCGUAACCUUGUGGUGAUCGACCCCGAUGGCUCCACAGAAUGGCAAGAGGUUCACCUCACGCCCGCCAACUGGGCAACACUUUGUAAGGAGAAGGUCGAUCAAUGGCAGGCACAGAACGGCCAGCUGAGUCGCAAAGACUUCGAGUCUGAGAUCAAGCGCUUGAACCGACUGUUACUGUCUUACGAAGGCCUUAAGAAUGCAACCCAUGCGUCUGUCGACCCGGAUGAGACGAUUCGAAAGCAGAUUAAAGCAGCAGCAACAACCCAAAACGGAACCGAGAACAAGACUGAAGGAACUAGCGACGGAAAUACCGAAGGUGGUAGCGAGGGUUCCAAGUCGAUUGACAAAGCGGCCGCCGAUACAGAAGGGAAGUUGACCAAAGCCUACAAGGAACUUUAUGAUGCACAGAACGCAUUCCCACCAGAUCCUCUCGUAACUCGAGCAAAGCAAGAUCAACUUCAGGAUGCCCUUGAGGAGAAUGGGAAGGAAAAUCUGCAAAAGAACAAGGAUCUUGCCUCUAAAUUAUCCAACAAGAGCAAGAAGGAGAAGGUUCUUUGGAUUAACAGCAUGAUUGCUGACGUUAACAGCCAGCUUGAGCUACUCAAAAAGGGACUUGAGGAGUUCCACAAGGCUAGCACAUCGGCGCCAGCCAUCACUGAGAUUAUCAAUAGAGAUGUUAAGGACCCCGGCCAAGACAAUGGGGGAGAGCUCAUCUCAACACAGUACGCAGAAGCUGAUGGCCAGUAUGCGGAUCCUAGUCAGUGUAUCCUUAAAAGUGUCACCCGUCGUAUACUGACCAUGGAUCUCUAG